UGUAUUUUGGUUGUUUAUGUGGAACCGUUGUUGUGCAUUGCGGGAUUCGUACUCAAUACGGCAUGCAUCGCCGUCUUCGUGUCAGUAUCGUCACAUGGAUAUUUUCGUAAAACAUCGUUACUGCUUUAUUUGAUAGCAAUGUGCAUGUGCAACGCUUUACAGCUUUUACUCUCUGUAUUUGUGUUGAUUCUGCCUGCAGCCGAACAGUAUAUUUUGGAAGAAUUCGGUGAGGAUGUGGAGAUGCUGACAACAAUAAACUCAUAUUCGAUACGAAUCGCUUAUCCGCUAUUGUUGGCCGCUAAUUACGCGUCCAUCUGGAUCUUGACGUUGAUUUGUGCACAACGAUUCCAUGCAAUUUGUGAGCCAUGGAGUGCUUGGAAGGCCAGAUUACAAGUUGUUCGCAACAGUCGCCUUCCGAUUUGUCUUGUCGUCAUUCUUGCAAUCGGAUUGAAUGUAAUCAGAUUCUGGGAAUUGGAAUGGCUCGAUCAAGGACUCAGAGAAUCGGCAUUAAAAAAGCAUCACUUAUAUGUUAUUCUGCAAGAAGGAUUCGUUUACGGUGUAAUCGUGUAUGGUUGUCCAAUCGUGAUGCUUUUAUGGCUCAAUUACAACAUUAUUAGAUUGAUCCAAACUCAUGAAGUAACCAGGCAGCGACCAAUAGCUGAAUAUCGUACAGCACUUAUGAUUGUUUUCGUUUUCGUCUUCUUCUUUCUUUGUACUACACUGGCAGUUUCUAUUCGUCUUAUACUGAUCGCUGGUAAAGGAAUGAUGAGUGGAGCGGAUUUCACAUGGCUGGUUGAUCUGAGCAAUUUGCUGAUGAACAUGAAUGCGAUCGUCAUACCGAUCGUAUGCUUUGUGUUUACUCGUGGAUUUCGAGACAUAUUUUUUAUGAUUCGAUUUGCACCUAAUACGAAUACGUAUAGCCAAGCAGCUGGUGCACCGCUCAUUGCGAAGAGCGUCAAAUAA